GAGGCCUUGCGACACCUUUAAACUACAUUACCCACAGCACCACACUUCCCGCAUGCGCAACGGACUUGAACCGUCGAAUCAAAACUACAAAUUAAAGGACUACAAGCUGUGUGGUGCAUGCGCAACAGCGGCCCCGAGUCCUUUAAAUGUACUGUACGUGCAAAGAUGGCAGCUCAAGUCGACUUGUUCCGUGCGAAAGUAGAAGGAGAGAGGGUGAGGGACAGUGUCGACAGAUUCAUUAAGGAGAAGAGGAAGAAGAAGAAGAAGAGGGAGCUGUCGCCGUCAGCUGACAAGCGGGAGAGGAGCGAGAAAGAGGCGAAGAGGGCGAAGCUCCAUCACCACCACCACCAUCACAACCAGCAGCCGCAGCCGCACGCCGAGCACCGGACGCACCAGCCGCAUCAGCUGCAGCACAAUCCCAAAGCCAACAACUUCAGCGCGGAUAAACAUGUCCUGCACAGCCACCACCACCACCACCACAACCACAACCACAGCCUCACCAAUGGUACCAAGAAGAACUUGCAGCCGACUUUCCCUCCUCCUCCUCUGCCUCCUCCUGCACCGCCGCGGAAGGUGCCGGAGCAGCUGCAGAAGAAGCGAGCGGUGCCCGUGCAGCCACCUGCGCUCUUCACUUUCACGCCCCUCAAAGUGGUCAAGGCCAAACCGCAGGAAUUCAAAGAGAAGCACCGGGACAAAGACGUGAAAUUGAAGCAGAAGAAGGAGAACGCCGAGGCCAAUGUGAAACACGCGGAGCUAAAGAAGAAGAAGGAGCCAAGGCCCCACAAUGAGAACGCAAAGUCCCUAACACUGGAGGACUAUCUCCUGAAGAAGAAAAAGAAGAAAAAGAGGCAUCAUGAUGAUGAGCACAGCACCAAAAAGGUUCGACACAUGCACAACAAAGCGGUUCAGACUGUAUGUGCAGGGUUCGGAGCAGAUCUUCCGAUGCCCAUUCGCCCUGAUCCCUCUCUGCCUGCGAACAUGAAGCCUGAAACCAACCAACAUCCUGGCAGAGACCCCGUCGACAACCACCCACCCUACCUGCACGCUCUCAAGCAGGGUCACGUCCCCUUCCUCUCCCAUCAAGACCACUACAUCCGCAGCUCCUGCCUCCAGACAGGGACCUGCUAUGGACGCUUCAUACAUGAGGAGAGACAAGCCAAUGGCGGGGGAUUGGUUCUGCAUGCUUAUGCUGAUGAGUUGGCCUGUCUCAGCCCGGCCGAGAUGGAGUGCUUCGCCCAGGAGUUCCUGGAGCUGGCCUUUGCUGAGAAGCCUCGAGGUGCAGCCUCCUACGCCUUGGCGGUGGUGCACAGAGCGGCUGCAUACCUGCCUGACUUCCUGGACUACUUUGCCUUCAACUUCCCCAACACACCAGUCAAAAUGGAGAUACUGGGCAAGAAAGACAUUGAGACCACCACUAUUGCCAACUUUCACUCUCAGGUGAACCGGACUUAUUGUUCAGGAACUUACCGAGCCGGACCCAUGAGGCAGAUCAGUCUGGUGGGAGCUGUGGACGAGGAAGUCGGAGACUAUUUCCCAGAGUUCCUGGACAUGCUGGAAGAGUCACCAUUUCUCAAGAUGACGCUGCCAUGGGGAAGCCUGUCCAGCCUGAAGCUGGACUGUCGCUCUCAGAGUGACGACGGGCCCAUCAUGUGGGUGCGACCAGGAGAACAAAUGGUGCCCACUGCUGACAUGCCCAAGUCUCCUUUCAAACGGCGCAGAUCCAUGAAUGAGAUCAAAAAUCUGCACUACCUGCCGAGGGCCAGCGAACCCAGAGAGGUUCUGUUUGAGGACCGGACUAAGGCUCAUGCUGAUCACGUAGGCCAGAGUUUUGACUGGCAGAGCACUGCUGCUGUGGGCGUACUGAAGGCAGUGCACUUUGGAGAAUGGAAUAACCGACCUCGAAUAACCAAAGAUGUAGUGUGUUUCGAUGCUGGAGACUUCAAUGAAGUUGUCCAGAGGCUGCAGCUGGAUCUGUAUGAGCCUCCAGUGUCUCAGUGUGUGCAGUGGAUAGACGACGCCAAGCUCAACCAGCUGAGGAGGGAAGGCAUUCGCUACGUCAGAGUCCAGCUCUGUGACGACGACAUUUACUUUAUCCCGAGGAACGUCAUCCACCAAUUUAAGACAGUGUCCGCAGUCUGCAGCCUCGCCUGGCACAUCCGCCUCAAACAAUACCAUUCAGAAGACAAGAAGGAAGAGCAGCAACCCAACGAUCUGAGCCCCACCUCGGGCCGAGUCUCUUUCUCCUCCCCUGCCAGGCCCGAUGCCACCAUAACCCCCUGCGCAAGACCGCAAGGAGACAACAUCCAAGGCGGGGUGGCCAAAACCGAGGAGCCAGAGUUCCAGAGGCCUGCAACACCUUCCCAGGAGCCUCAGCCAGCUCCUCCACAGCCCACCAAGUCUGCUCACCUCCCAGCAACAUACCACGAUCCCCACCUUUUCUUAGCUCCAGUCCACUCUGGAUGUACCCCUUCAAAAGAGCCCAGCCUGCCAAAAGCUCGUGGCCACACUGCAGAUUUCCCUAAAUGACUAAAGGUCUUCCCCCUUCUCUCUCUCUGUACACUGUGGGAGGAAGUAUGUACAGGAAUUUUAGACUACAACUGACAUCUUUGUCAAUCAGGAAGUUUUUCAACUUAAAUUAUUCUUCAAACUUUUUAAAUCUUUAAAUGUUGGUGAAAAUGUUCCCAGAUGAUUUUUUUUUUUGUUUUUUUGUUUUUUUGUUUUUUUUUCCAGCCAAAGUAUACUGUUUAAUGAGACUGUACAAUACAGUUUAUUUUAUUUUAUAUUGGUCGCACCUAAAACUGGAGCUCUGUGUUUGAUGUGAAGAAGCUAUUAUUUUUAGACUGACGUUAGAAGUUGCCGAUCUUACUGUAUGGCAAGUUUUUAAUUCACGUUGAAGGUGCAGCUGUUAUGCUUAUUUAAUGGAGAAACUGAAGUCACAAAUGCAGGAUUCCUUACAUACUUGGAGAUCUAAUUACUGCUUUACUAGUUUCAGUGGUGGUGGCAAGUAGACGAACAUUAUCCUGAGGAAACUGUGCAUUCUGUAUGAUUAAGUGCUUUGUCAGUUGUCUGCAAAGGGCCACCAGGCCUUCGUCAUGUGCAUCCAAAUUCUGUCACGUUUUGGAGAUUGUGGAUUGGUCGCACACACCAAACAUAGGCUAAUGAAUAAUAAAUCUGACUAGUCUAAUCGUAUGAAAGACUUUUAAGGUUAUCUAAUUAAACGUAUUUGUCAGCUUUAUAAGUUGUGGUUUAGACAGUUCUUUAUUUAAAUGCUAUUUUAUACAGGGCCCUUUUCUUACUGUUGAUACAGUUUUUGAUAUUUUAUUUAUUUUCUUAAGCUUAGCAGGUUUAUAACCGGUGAUGAGUAAUUAAGAUUAUGAUCAAAUUAUGAGAGUGCCUCUAAAUGACGAAGGAAUUGCGGCUAUUGCACUUAGCAAUAACGGUCUGAAUUUUUAAUUUUUCUGUGUGUGUGGAGUAUUUAUCCAGAAUCUGGUAUGUAAAUAUUGUGUUGUUGUUGUUUUUGCUGCGAAUAUGUGGAUGCUGUCAUACAUUCUUCAUUUCAUUAAAAAAAUCAUUUGCACCUUUUUGGUUUUAGCUGAUAAUGCCACUAGGUUGAUAAAGGCACCGUCGUAGAGGGUUACUGUGUUUGUAUCCACUUUUCUGAGUGUAAUUGUGUGAUUUCAGAUGUAGGGAACCCUCUUGUUCCUUUAGGUAAAAUUAUAAAAGGUGAUCCGCUAAAAUGUCUGGCCAAAAUCCUGUCUUUUAAAUUAGAUUUAAAUUGAGAUUUACAGUUCAAUAGAAUUUCAUAGAGGCCUGCGUGUUGUCUUCUAAAAGUGAUGAUGUUGGAGCUCUCCCACUGACUACAUCUUAGUGCCUUGUACUGUAUCUGGUUGGCCUCAUUUAAAGCUGCAAAGUUUAUUUGUUGAUGAGUAGGAUGUUAAAACGGAAACUGUCCAAGCCGCCGUAGUUGGUGUGUCUUGUAUCUGCUUUUUAUUAUUUAUUUUUUUAAAAAUUAAAAAUGUUGCCUUUUGGUUUCUACAUUUGCAUGUCACCUGGAAGAAAAGGAAAUAUACCAUCAUAGUGUAUUUGAAAAUUAUGCCCUUUCAUACAUAAUGGAUCCUGUUCAGGAAGGAGAACGACUAUUUUUGUUUGUCAGAAAUAUGGCUUAACUUACUAAAUAAACGUAGAGACAAAGUGACGGUCA